CGUAAUAUACCAAAACCGAACGAACCAAUUACUCGAUGUAAAAUCUGAACGGUAUCGUAAUUUUGUUAGUUGUAUUUUCUGUCUGUUUUCUAGAAAAUCGAUUGUAUAUCGUUCUGAUCGAACUUCUCCAAUCUGUCAUGAGUUAUCAAUUGUAUCGAAAUACCACAUUAGGUAAUACUUUGCAAGAAAGUCUAGAUGAAUUAAUUCAGUGUGGACAAAUUACAACACAAUUAGCAUUGAAGAUUCUCUUGCAGUUUGAUAAAGCAAUUAAUAAUGCUUUGGCUAACAGAGUGAAAACAAGACUUACUUUUAAGGCUGGUCAUUUAGAUACUUACAGGUUUUGUGACAAUGUUUGGACAUUUGUUUUAAAAGAUGUGGAAUUUAGAGAGGUCCAAGAAUUAGUUAAAGUUGAUAAAGUGAAAAUAGUAGCAUGUGAUGGAAAAGGAUCUAGUGUAAAAGAUGAAAGAGAGUGAAGUUUCAUUAUCAGCUAAAAUUUGUUGAGACAUUUGUAAAAUUGUUUUAUUUACUAAAAUAAUCUCUAUGUUCAUUACAUUUAGUAAAA